AUGGUUGACAUUUGUCGACAGUAUCCUCUCCUUAGCUACGCCGCAAACUUCUGGGGUAUUCACUUGAACAAAUCAACGGGGGCCAAGGGAGACCUAUAUAAGCUGGCCUGGCGUUUUGUCUCGGACAAAGGCAAGCUAGACACUGCAUUGCGCGUCAUUACUGACCCUCGGGUCUCGCAUGAAGCAAAUGUUUCCGGUGUGCACAUUUCCGCCUUCUUCGGCCUCGAAAAGUUGGUCAAGAAGGCAAUUGCAAACAACAAAGACAUCAACCUCAACGCGCAGACCAAGCGAGGGGAGACGCCGCUACACUGGGCGGCAACCCAUGGACGCCGGCCCUUUAUGGAGUUUCUCAUCCAAGAGGGUGCAGAUUUGAACGUUCCAAACGUCGACAAGCGAACAGCUCUGCACAGGGCAAUCAUAGCGGGGGACGGGGAGUUGAUCAACGUGAUGUUGAGAUCUGGCAGCCUGAAUCUCGAGCUUGAGGAUUCCGAGUGCUACACCUGUCUCAGAUGGGCGGCCAAAUACGGACAGCUCAAGACUGUGGAGGCGUUGUUGAAGGCUGGAGCGGAGGUGGACGCGUCUGAUCAGGACGGCUACACGGCUUUACGUUGGGCAGCCCACGAGGGCUAUAAACCAAUCAUAAAGUCCCUCGUUCAUCACGGAGCGUCGGUGAAGGUCUCAGGCUGCAAUAGUUGGACCCUGCUGAAGUGGGCAGCGCAGGAGGGCCAAGAAGACAUGAUCAAGUUUCUCAUCAAACGGCGCGUGGAUCUCGACUCCACUGAUACCGAGGGCUUCACGGCCUUGCGAUGGGCGAUAAACUACAACCGCACAAUGACUGCAUGGCUGCUGCUACAGGCUCGAGCAGACGUCAACAAACCGGACAACCAAGGCAUGCAGCCGCUGCACGCGGUGGUAAAGGGCUGCUGUGGUGCAGACAGCAUCAAGACCUCGAUGAAUCUUCUAUGGCUGCUGUUAGAAAGCAAGGCCAAUGUUAAUGCACAGGCCGGGAAUCAUGGCCUGACUCCUUUGCACCUUGCUGCUUUGGGAGGAGCCAGUUCUGCCGCGUGGUUGCUCCUCGAGAAUGGAGCGGAUCCGAGACGCCUGGACUCCCAGAACCGUACGGUGCUUCAUUGCGCUAUAGGGAGCACUGAUUCAGAAGUUUGCCAAAUGUUGCUUCGAAAAGACGGUGGUUACCUCAUUAAUGCCGUGGAUCAAAACGGACAAACGCCGCUUCAUAUCGCUGCGAUGGCAGGGAGCAACGCCAUGGUAACACUGCUGUUGGACAAUGGAGCGGAUCCCAAACGAGUCGAUUCGCAUGGGCGGACAUCUCUCCACUGCGCUAUCCAGAGUGAGAAUCUAGACGCCUCCCGUGCUCUCAUUCAGAAGGCUGCCGACUUCCUCGUCCACACUGGCGACCGUCACGGGCAGACACCGCUUCAUGCUGCGGCCAUCGCGGGAAGCACCUCUGUUCUCUGGCUGCUGCUGGAAAGCGGGGCGGAUCCGAGGCGAGUUGACUCAAACAGGCGCACAGCUCUCCAUUGUGCCAUCCAGGGCGAACAUGUAGAAGUCUGCCAAGCCUUGAUCCGAGAAGCCAGCGGCCAACUUGUGAACGCGAUGGAUGACGAGAGGCGAUCCCCUCUGCACCACGCAGCAUCCUGGGGCGACGUUACCAUCGUCGGCAUGCUUCUGGAUCAAGAGGCAGCCAUUGACGCCCAAGACAGCAAAGGACUGACAGCCCUUCAUGUAGCGGUUUCCCAAGGGUACAAAAAGGUUGUUGAGCUUUUGCUGAACAGAGGAGCCGAUGUGCACAUGACUAUUUCUCGGCGGAAGAGGACGGCGAUGCACACUGCGGCAUACCUUGGGCAUGUUGAGAUUGUCGAGACGCUGUUGCGGUUUGGCGCCUUCUUAGACGUGCAGGAUGCCAAAGGGGAGACGCCUCUGCACCUUGCGGUUGCACACGGCCAGAGAAAGGUUAAAACCCUUCUGGUCAAGCGUGGGGCUGACGUCCGGAUGCUGAGUAGCAGGGGUUCCACGCCGCUUGACCAGAAAGCCAGGCCUGAAGAAGUCGGGGCCACGGAGACGGUCUACCCGGUCAUUGGAGGUGAGGUGCUCGAGCCAAAAGAAAACCCAGCCCAGAAUGAAGAAAAAAGUUGGUGGAAGGGGGACAAAAGGUUUGCAGCCCGCGUAGAAGAUGAGUAG